AAGGAAGGCUUGGCUCGGCUAACAUCUUCCUUCGCACCUUUCCCUUUUCUUCAUUUACCGCGAAUACCGGUUCGAAGGCGAUACAUCCCCCGCUCUUUUCGAUCAUCACCACCUCGCAUCCUUCGAAGGGUCAAUUGUUGGGUAGGACGAUGCGAUGGGCGAGGGCAAAAGCGACCGUCCCGGCAAAAGGCAAAGGUCCUCCACCCGCGGCGUCGGCAAGUCGUCCUCGGAUUCCGAGGUAGCGCACGGUAAAGGCAAGGGGAAAGGACGUAAAGGCAAGACCAGGGAGAGAUGGCCAUUCCUCGAAGAACUGACGGUCGACGAGCUGGCUCGCUAUCGAAGGAAACGCGUGCAGGAUCAACCGAAGGACAAUCUGCAGUCUUAUCCGGAAUCGGCAGUCCAAUGUUCUGCUUCUGAAUAUCGACGCGCGUUCGGUGCGAAUGUUAAAGAGCUCUCUAAGGAAAAUUUCUGGCCUGAAGAUUAUAUACACGUAGAUGGAACUCCCAAAAAUGCGGAAUCUUCGUAUUGCAUGGAUUUUAAAGAACGCGAGGCUGAGAUUGAGGAUCCACCUGGAAAAGAGGAGAGCGAUUCCGCUCAAGUGGUCCAGGGAGACAAAGUAAUGGAGGCGGGAGUUCCACAAUUAGAAAGUUCGUUCAGACGUUCUUCCUACAGAAGGGGUACCAGCUUGAAGUGCGGUGGUGAUUUUUAUACCGAUACGGAAACAUAUUCUGCGUAUAGGCCUUAUGAGGGCCAGCAUCGCGCCGAGCUUAUACGUCGACCUACGUCCUUGAAGAUGGAAGGCGAUUUGGAUACUAUGACGGAGAAAUGCGAGAAAUUUAUCGAGUGGCUCAACGUUAGCCGACCGGAACUCAUGCGUGUACCCACUCACCUGAAGAUGGAGGGUGAGCUGGAGACGGCGACGGAAAAUCAGGACAAGUACGUCCCGUUCGUGGGAGUGCGAAGACCGGAAUUGUUGAGGCAAGGCACGAACUUGAAGCUCGAGGGAGACACCUACUUCGUGCCAGAAUAUACCGAUGUGUUUAAAGACUACAGCGUGAAAGAUAAACCGCAGCCACAGAAACCUCAAAUGCAUUUAAAAGCCGGCGGAGACUUUUACCAAAACACAGAGAGCACCGAAAACUUGGUUCAUCCUUACGUUAAACAGGCACAAGAAAUGACUGAACGGGCUAAAGACGAUAGCGAAGAAGACAGAUGGAUGAGAAGUCAAGAGGAGGAGCGGAGGAAAGACGAGGAGAUGAAAAUGUUAGUGUCAAAGUUGGAGGAUCUAAACGGUCGGCCGCUUGAAAUUCCCGAAUAUCGCGAUGCAUAUAAGGACUUUCCACGUGAACGGCCGAAGAUCGCGAAGCCAGAUGUCCAGAUAGGUCGCGCCGACGGCUCGAAGGUGACCUCGCCAUCGCGCUCCAAGUUUUCCACAAAGAUCGACCAGGAUCCAGAGUAUCAGUCCAAGUAUCUCGAGUAUCCCCGAGAUCGCCCUAUCUAUCGUAAACCACCGGCGAUAAUGCGACCGACGGGGCUGUCCUCUUCCGGCCGUAGCAGCGCGUGCUUCGGUAAGCCGAUUCAUCAGGAAUGUCGUACGUUUGAGUACGAGCCUAUUAGCGAGGUGAGGUCCCAGUACGUUCCCUAUGGAUACGUACCGAGGGUCGAGACACUGAAGAUGCCGGCCAGUCUGCGGUUGGAGGGCAAUCUCGACCUUCAACCGGAAUACAGGAACGUUUAUUGCGCGAGAUACGAUCGUCAAGGUUGCGAUGAACCCAGAACUACUCACGGCAGGUGUGACCGUAGUCCAGGUACCAGGAAAGAAUACUACUGGUUGAACAGUGGCGGCCAGGUCGACAAAACGGUCGCCGCGCAGGGACAGGACGCUUUCUGCGUGUUGGACACGCGGAUCCACGAGGAGAACGUCACCGGGAAACCGCCGCCCGCUAGUAGAAGAAGCUCCAGACUGUCUCACGCCGCGGCGGCGCCGAGACCGACGCAGGUGGAACCGGCGGAUCGCACGAUUGUUACGAGAACGCGAUCACCCAGUCCAACGUAUCGCCUGCACGUCUACGAUGUCGACAACGAACGGCGAGGAUUCGGCCGACUCGGACAGUCUUCCGCAGCAAGAGUACGCAGCCCUUCGGCCGACCGUGUGACUCGGGACGAAGUCGCCAGGCCGUAUUCUCCCAGCUUUGGCAGAAGUAGGCAGGACCGUCGCGUUAACGAUCAACCAUUCGUAAUUUUAGAUAGCGCCUCGAAGAACAUAUCAGGUAGAAGUAGCGAUCGCAGAAAACGCACCGAUAGUAGCCUCGAUGUCCCGGUACCGGUCUCUCGAGGAAGGCCUAAAACACCAUCCAGAUGGAUGCCGCCGUGGUACGACAAUACGAAUACGAUCUAGAAGUCUGGUCGAGAACGAUACACGCAUAUCCUAUGAAUCAUAAACGAUACUGCCGUCUGAUACCUUUACGCUAGGCGACGGAGAACGUAGAACUGACGGCAGAUUUGACACUGCCUAUAACUUUGCGUAUAAAACUACUGGAGCUAACCAGCCAAAUUUAUUUUUAAAUACUAUACUUACGUAUACUGUAGCGCUGAAACGACUACUAAUCUUUUACAGAGACUCUUGAAACGCGAGGCAGUCUUUGCAAUGCGUUUUUCUAAUGCUAGACUCAGAUUUUGUUGGUAACGUGAGAAAUAUUGAAGAAUACGAUCUUUUUACUAGAAAAACAAAACGCGGAAUCGAUCACAUUUUGAUCUAAAUGCAGAGUAGGCGUGAAUAGAAUCCAUAUUGUUAGACUCUUAUCUGGUGUGAUAUGCCGAGCUAAUUAAUUGUUGUAUGAACAGUAAAUAAUAAGAUACAUUAUUACUGCCAUUUGUUAAUCUGUACGGUCAAAUAAAUAUAA